AUGUUGGUGAUGGUAUUGCAAACCGAAGGAGUUAAUGAUGUUAUUCAAACUGAGGAAGGUGGUAGUAUUGAGACUGAAGAAAGAGUGGUUGAUGAAGGAGUAAAUGAUGUUAUUGUUGAUCAAGUUGAAGAUGGUGGUAUUGCUGAACAAGUUGAAGUGGUUCAUGUUAGAAAUGAAGAUGUUUUUCUUCCAUUGGUUGGUUUAGAACUACACAAAGUAAUUGAUGAGGUUGAGCAGUGGUUGGAUGAAAUAUUACGGGAGGGUCGUUUUCAAAAAAAAUCACAAACCUAUGAUGCUACUCAAUCUGAUAAUGGGGGUAAUGAUGAAGAUGUAACUAAGGUUGAGUUUAAUAAUGGAAAAGAUAAUGAUGUCCUUGUAGAUAAGGUAAAGUUGGAUGUUGAACAUAUUGUAAUGUUGUUGGAAGCAAGAUAUAACAUGGAAGAAAUUGAAGUUAUGGGAGGGGUACAAGUGGAACUAGAUGACAUGGUACCAGUUGAGCUGGAUAUGGUAGAUGUACCAGAUCAUCCAAUUGAUAAUGAUGAUGAUGCUAUUAUCGAUGAUGUUGUUGAUGAUGCUGUUAUUGAUGAUAUUGGUGAUGAUGUAUUCCAAGAUGGUGAUAGUAAUGGUGAAUAG